CGGUAAUCCAUCUGCCAUGGUAAAAGGUUGGGUAUAUGUAAAACUAGUAAAAGGUUUGCCGCGUCUCUUUUGUUUUUCCGCUUUUCCGUUUUUACGUGGACUAACGUAUUUUCGACAAAAAGGGCGUGUUUCGUGUACUAGUAUUAGUAGCUAAACUAGUACAAGGCAGUACAAGAAGUUCCGUCAAAAAGAAUAAAGUUGUCUAUACCAGUUGCACUCAUUCGAAAUGCAAUACGGGCAGUAAAGAGUUACACUCACAAUCAGUAACGCCGCAGUAUUCAAAAGGGAUCGCUUGCACAUUUCUGCCACAUCAUUUAGAGUGCAUCGGUGAAUACUGAAGAGUCCAGCCAAGAAGACCUCUUACCUGAAAACGUUACCGGAACAUUACAAAAUAAUUAUAAAAUCUCUGAUUGAGAUAUACUAGCAAAAGACUGCCAAAUAUAAUGGAAACAAAAGACACUUCCAAAUUAGAAGGAAUGUUAGAUUCAAAUAAUGAGGUUCAUCUAUUAAAUAAUGAGAUGGAAAAUAUACCCAUUACACCUUCGUAUUAUAAGAGUUAUUGUCGAACAAAUUAUACGAAGAAUAUAUUUGACUACACUUGGCAUCUGGAGCAUUUCGCUAUACUCUAUAAAACAGCAACAAAAAUUCAGUCGGCAGCAUUUCCUGAAACAGCUCGAUAUACAUUUGAGAUACGAUUGUUUCACACACCACUUAACUGGGAUGAUACUGUUAUAAAAUUUUAUAUAUUUACUGAGGACCCAUUUCAAGGUAGUUGCGAUAUAUCUACGAUUUUGUUGGGCAAAAAGAAAUUCAUUUCGACAGCCGGCUAUGUAGAGAAUGGUUCAUGCAUGUAUGAAACUACAGCGAGCGCAUUGUUAAAGUACACAAAUGGAGGAACGCUUACAUUGAAUUUUACGAUUACAAUUCUUUGCGAUAUUUUAACUAAGACUUUACAUGUGAAGUCAGUACCGUUGGAUACCGUAAAUAAUAGCACAGGCAUGGAGAAACAUGAGAAUUUAAUCAGAGCAAGAGCUUCUAUUUGUCCACCAUUCGUCAUUUUCAAAUUAAACGAAUGUAGAGCGUAUAAAAUAUCAAAAAAUUUAUUACGUUCCAUCAAAAGUUCCUAUUUCUCGUCGAUAUGUGAAACAUGUCAAGAAGAAGAGGAAAAUGAUAUAACAAUAAAUCUAAAUGUACCAUCUAGUGAUUAUUUUCAAAUGAUACUAACAUUUAUCGAAACUGGUUCAUUACCAAUAUAUUCUGACGUUCCAACAAUCCUAGAGUUGUUGAGCCUAUCCUUCACAUACGAUGUAAAAGAUCUUCAAGUUACGUGUGAAAAAGCUUUAAUACUUAAUAUUACUGUUGCAAAUGUCCUCGACAUUUUGGACAUUACGAUGAAAGAGCCGACAAGUAUUUUAAAAGAACAUGUAAUGGCUUUUAUAAAAUUUCACUUAAAUGAAUUUACAAACACCGCAACAUUCAAACAACUCCCGUCAUCAUCAUUGAAGGAGAUAGUAGAAAGCAUUGCAGAACAUAAAAUAGAUAUAAAAUCCGUACCAAUCAAUACGCGUUCAGAAUCUUCAUAGAAUCUUUACAUUGAGGAUAUUAAUUAUUUAGCUCUUAAUCAGCUCAUUAAUUAUUUAGCUCUUUUUAUGAUAUAACGAUAUAUAUUAUGAUCUCAAGUAUAACUAAACCGCUUCAGUUUUUUCUACAAACAUGCUUGUUAUAAAUAAUUUUGUCGUAUUGUGUGCAUGUAUACUAAGAUAAGUUUAUUUUAGUUUAAGAAUUUAGUUUAAGAAUUUAUUAAUUUUAUGUGCACAAAAAAUACAAUAAAUAUCGUAUCUUUUAGUUUUAGUAUAAUAAGUAUAAUAAGUAAGAACCUGUGCCUAUAUAUGCAUGUGUAUGUGUGUGUAAGUUUAAAACAAGUCAAGUAUAAGUCGUGGCAUUAUUUGCGCAUAUACAUACAAAUUGUUUAUAUGUAACUUAAUGUGAACUUGAAUAAGUUAUUUUAAUUGUUUUAAACUGAAGCAAACUGGAAAUUCUCUGUUACGGUAUUUCCUAUCUUUCUAAUAUCGUAAUUAUAGAUAUAAGAAGACAAUAAAAUAAACUUUCUACUUUUUCGACAAAAAUUUGUUGAAUUUUUAUGUUUCAUUCAUGUGAGGUGAGGCCGCUAAACUGAAUGAUUACCAGAAUUUGUUCAAAAAGAAAGUUUAGUUAAGUCACCAGUCAUAUUAUUCGAAAAUCAAAGUUUUGUUGGAUUCCUUGUAGACUCGUACUACUCAAAAAUAAAACUGUUCCUACCCUAUCGUUGAGUCGUACUACCAUCUCAUUUUUCAAUCAGAGCCUUCUAACGGAGUCUUUUAGAACUAAUUCUUUAAAUAAACUGCGAAAUUAGUGGCUGGAAUAAAGCUGUAGCUGUAAGUUAUCGACAAUGCUGGAAUUCGAGUUCAGAUGCCACAAGUAAGAAAAGUAAACAGUUCUACGCGUGAUUGUGAAUAUCGAAAAAUGUUUUAUCGCGUUAUUUUUCAUUUUUCCCAUUGAAAAAUUAAAUUUUUGAGAUCUUCAGAUGCGUGAAAUGUGCGUGGAAAACUUUGUUUUAAUGAUGAAAUACAGUGGUGAAAUCGUGAUAUCAAAUCUUAUAGUUCAGCUCUCAGACCUGCCACGAAAGACCGGUGUGAACCUGGCACCUGACUUUAACGAAAUGAAAAUUUUCGGGCAUAUUU